CUGUGUUUAUAUCACCUAAAUUGACAUGUAACAGUGAGUAGUGUCCUUCGUGAUAGCGGACAUGUUUCUGUCUCUGGGCUGGUUUUCCACUGCUGUCGCGGGGAUUUUGUCUGUGUAUAUUUUACAGAAGACAUGGUUUCCAUACUUUUGGAAGGACUUAUUCUUCCUGCUCAAAGUGAUGCGCUAUGGAGUGAAGCUGGAGCUGUACAAGCUGCGGUCUGAAGUGUGCACGGUGUUGGACAGGUUUAUCCAACAGGCGCAGCUCAUCCCUGACAAACCCUUUGUCAUCUUCGAAGGACAGACUUACUCGUACCGAGACAUAGAGCAGCGCAGCAACAGGCUUGCCCAUAUAUUUCUCCAGAACACCAACUUAAGGAAGGGAGACUGUGUCGCUUUACUUAUGAACAAUGAGCCCGAUUUUUUGUGCGUAUGGUUUGCUUUGGCGAAAAUUGGUUGCUCCAUCGCUUUUCUCAAUACCAACAUCAAGUCCAGAUCUCUAAUGCACUGCUUUACCAGCUGCGGAGCUAGGACUCUGGUUGUGGGAUCAGAUAUGGCAGACCUCUUAGAUGGCUUCUUGACCACUCUGCUAGAGGACAACAUAGAAGUGUGGGCCAUGAAGAAAAGCUUUGAACACCCACGGGUACACACAUUACUGGAUAAAAUUGACACUGCUUCCUACAAACCUGUGCCUGCAGUACCUCGGAUUACCAACAUCAAAACUCCAACUCUGUACAUCUUCACCUCUGGAACAACAGGGCUUCCCAAGGCCGCAGUGAUCAGCCACCUGCAGAGCCUCAAAGCAGCUGGAGGAUUCUGGGCAUUUGGAGGGACACAGGAUGAUAUCAUCUACAUCCCUCUGCCACUCUACCACAGUGCUGCAUCACUCAUUGGUAUUGGAGGAACCAUUGAGCUUGGUGCAACUUGUAUGCUGAAAAAGAAGUUUUCAGCAUCGCAGUUUUGGAAAGACUGUCGACAAUACAACGUGACAAUCUUCCAGUACAUUGGAGAACUCUGCCGAUAUCUCUGCAACCAACCAAAGACAGAGCUGGAUAAAGUCCACAGAGUGCGAAUGGGAGUGGGUAAUGGACUCCGGCAAGAUGUGUGGAGGGAAUUCCAGAACCGCUUUGGAAACAUCAAAAUGUGUGAGGUAUAUGGCUCGACAGAGGGAAACCUCUGCUUCAUGAACCACCUCGGCAAGAUAGGAACUGUGGGACGCUCCAGUUUCAUCUACAAGCUUCUUUUCAAAUAUGAUCUGGUGAAGUAUGAUAUGGUCCGAGAUGAGCCAGAGAAAGAUGAACAUGGUUUCUGCAAACGUGUGAAACAUGGUGAAACUGGGUUAUUGUUGUCAAAGGUCAGUGCUAUGAGCCCUUUCUUUGGAUACGCUGGCAGCGCACAGCUCACGGAGAAGAAAGUCAUGAGGAAUGUAUUUGUCAAAGGAGAUGCCUAUGUUAACACUGGAGACUUGAUGGCUGAGGAUCAGGAGGGCUUCAUAUGCUUCAGAGACAGAGUCGGAGACACAUUUAGGUGGAAAGGUGAGAAUGUUGCUACAACAGAAGUGACAGAAAUUCUUGGUCUUGUGGAUUUUAUUCAGGAGGUUAAUGUGUAUGGAGUGGAAGUACCAGGGCAUGAAGGGAGAGCAGGAAUGGCUGCUGUGAUUGUGAGGCCAGAUCACACUUUUGAUGGAGAGAAAUUGUUUGAAUGUGUGGUUCGGGAUCUUCCAGGGUAUGCUCGACCAUUGUUCAUCAGACUGCAAUUGGAGAUGGAGAUGACCAGCACAUUCAAGCAGCAGAAGUUCCACCUGGUUCAGAGUGGUUUCGACCCAUCUACUAUCCCUGAGCCUCUGUAUGUUAUCGACUACAAGCUGGAAAGCUACAUUCCUCUCACAAAGACUGUUUACCAGAGCAUUCUCACAGGGGAGAGGAAGCUAUAGGCCUCACUGUGAACUCAGGCUACGCAUGAAGGAGGUUGCCUUUUAGCUCUUCAGUGCAGUAUUUCGAAUUUUAUGCCGGAAGUCUAUAAACAGUACAUUUUUGAUGGCUAGAUUCAAUGUUUAUGAAGAAGGUAUAUCAAUGAGAAUGUCUAUUAUGUCUCUAAAAAGUUCAAAUCUAUGCAAAAUACAACACUUUUAUAAAAAAAAAACAAAAAAAAAAAUCAAUACUUUAAAAAAAAUUAAAAUGUAAACAAAACACAUCUGACAACAUUAUCUUAAAACUGCUACAGUGAGGUAGGAUAAUGCUUAUGAUGUCUUGAUUUCCUCUGUGGAUCUAUUUGUAUUACAAUGCAAAUGAAAAUAUGAUGUACAAAAUUUUAAUCAUAGUCUUUGUUAUGAAUAUAUUCAGCAAGUAAACAGAGGAAUUGUGGAUCCAAGUAAAUCAAGCAAAAACAAUGCACUAAAUACAGUCUACCAUAUUUUUUCCUAUAAAUAAUAAGGAAGAUUUUUCAUAAUGAAUUUAUUGUGAAUUAAUAUAAAGUGAAGCAAAAGGUAACACUGUGUUGUAUAUGAUGUGUAACUCUGGUCAAUGCUGUGAACUUUAUAUUCCAUUUGUCAGUGAAGGUUCAUAAUGACUUAGUGCUGCUAUUGUUUACAGACACUUGAGAACAUAGCCCAAGUUACACCACUGUGUUCAGAGCGAUUAAUGUGUCACUGAUAUAGGAUCACACUGAGUUUGAUGGGAACACUCACAAAUGAGUAACAUACAUUAGUCAAAGCAUCUCUCACAGUGCUUCCUACUUUUCCUAAAACACCUGACUAAAAUUACUCUUCAUUCAAAUGGAGUCUAUGUUUGAACCCUAUGUUUGAACCCUAUGUUUGAACCCUUUGGAGUACAAACAAAAGGUUGGGCUUUUUGUGAAGCUGAGUCUCUGUAGUUUUGGCCUUUGACUUCUGGUUAUAAGUAAGAACAAACUAUGCACAAAACAAAACAAAAGAUUUCUUGGCACUUUCUAAAGCUUGGCUCUUUCAAAGCUGAAGCACAUCUCAUUAGAAAUGAGAUCUAGGGACUUAUAAUUAGGUAAAAAUAAAUAAUAUAUGAUAUAUGAUGAAUGUAUUAUUAUUAUUAUUAUUAUUAUUGAUAAUAAUAAUCAUCAUAAUCAUAUAAAAGUCAAUUUUGGUGAAUUUUAGGAUUAUUUUUUAAUUGUGAGUUUGGAGUACACACUGGUUCUGAUUUGACUGAAAAUAAGUAGAUUACUGCUUGCCAUUUAUGUUUUAGAUGUCCAUGAGCUUAUUAGUUCCCUUUUAUCAGAUAGAGGUAAAAAAUAAUUAAGAAAAAGUGCUGGGCCCCUCUGACUCUUAAGAGGUUUUAAGUGCAAGAUAUACUGUUAAUUUCUGUGUUGUGGAAUUGUUUUUUCAUUUCUCAGUGUCUUUUAAAAAUGUAACUGUUAAUGUUGCUGUUGAGUUUAAUAAAAACAGCCUUGCAGUU